AUGGGAAAACCUCCUCCCAAAAUGAAAGAGCUUUCUUUCAGAAAGAUCAAGGCAAUUGACAAAGAUAAGUUGCGGGAUGAACUUUUAUCCUCGAAACUCUCCCAAGACAGUCCAGAUUCGCUUGAUGAACUUGUGGAAUGUUACAAUACAACCUUAGUACAAGACUUGGACCGGCAUGCGCCGAUACAAACAAAGAUUAUACGAUCUAGACCUCUUGUUCCAUGGUUCAAUGCGGAUAUUAAAGCAGCUAGGCAUGAGAAAAGGAGUUGUGAGAGAAGGUGGCGACGUACUGGCAAUCAUCAAGAUAUGUUGAAAUAUAAAGGUAUAAAGAAUAAUACGAAUAAAUUAAUGAACGAUGCAUGCUGUGAGUUCUAUCAGAAUUUCAUCGAGGAAAAUAGCACAGAUCAACGAAAUCUUUUUAUAGCAUCAAAGAACUUACUUAAUCGUCAAAGUGAUAUUGCUGCAGUUUUCCCUCCUUUUGAUGACAAGCUUAGAUUUGCAAAUCAAAUGGGGACAUUUUUUGUUGAGAAAAUUCACAAUAUUCAUUCCAAGUUGGAUGUUAUGACGAAUGGCUUAUCUAACGUCUCUGCCGACUCUGAUUCAGAAAUGACUGCACAUCUAGAUGGUUUUACUCCACUUACAGAGAUGAAAGUUCAGAAACUUGUCGACGGUUGUAAGAAGAAAAGCUGUAAACUUGAUCCUAUGCCYACUGCUUUAGUGCUUGACUUUUCUGAUGUGCUGUUACCUGUUAUCACCAAAAUGAUUAAUUUGUCAUUGGCGACAGGGACGUUCGCAGAUGCCUGGAAGUGUGCUUUGGUCAAUCCAUUACUGAAGCAGCCGGGUUUAGAUCUACUUUUCAAGAACUAUAGACCCUUUCACAGUACAGAGACAGCGCUUCUUAAAGUUAUGAAUGACAUCUUAUUGAAGAUGAAUUCACAAGAAGUUAGUUUGUUGGUUAUGCUGGAUUUAAAUGCUGCUUUCGAUACUGUGAAUCAUGAGAUUUCGAUUAAUCGUCUCUAUGAAGAAGUUGGCAUCCGUGACAAAGCCUUGGACUGGUUCAGGUCGCAUUUGCACAACAGAGGUCAGCGGGUUUCUAUAGAUGGAACACUCUCGAAACUCUUCGAUUUGAAUUGUGGCGUCCCACAAGGGUCAUGUUUAGGGCCUCUUCUCUUCAUCAUAUACGCGUCUARGUUAUUCAAAGUCAUCAAAGAUCAAUUACCGGAUGCACACUGUUAUGCAGAUGAUACACAGCUUUAUCUCAGCUUCAAGCCAAACAGUACCGCAUCUCAAKAAGAAGCUGUACGUGCGAUGGAGAGUUGCAUUGAUAAGAUCAGAUGCUGGAUGAUUCACGACAAACUUUUAAUUAACGAUGAAAAGACUGAGUUCAUUUUAAUUGGAACCAGGCAACAAUUAGGAAAAUUGCAAUCAGUGAAUAUCGCAGUAGGCAAAGAUAUAAUUAAUCCUAGUCCCGAUGUUAAGAAUCUUGGCUGUUGGCUAGAUUCUACCUUAAAAUCAAAAUGA